UCUUUGUUAGACAUCAAAAGACAGGUUCACUUUAUUGACAUUUGAGAUUGACAAGUUUGUUAAACUGAUUUGGUUUAAGAAAUACAGUCAUCGUACAAGCGUUAACAACUAAUGCAGCAUGGAAACCGCGGAACAGUCAGGACCUUGUAGCAAUAACCAAUCGACUGAUGCAUCAAGUAAUGCGCCUGCGGCGACAAAACCGGUAACAUCUGAAAUCAAGCCUAAGCUAUCUAAAGGUGUUGAAAAUGCAAAGAAAAGGCUCAGAGCCUUUUCUAUUCAGAAGAAGACCCCAAUGGCACCUAUAGUUGUUCCAAAGCCUUCAAGCACUGGUCAUACAACAGUUUUAAUUGGAAAGUUAAGUGGAGUGAAACCUUCAACGCCAAAGGUGGAUGAUGAGCAAAGGAAACUGCCAAGACCUCCGAAACCAGGUUCUAAUAAAAGGGUUUUAACAGAUUCUUAUAUUGAUCUUCAGAAAAAGACUUUAGCGGAGAUAGAAGACAUGAAACGUAAGAUGGAAUUAGUGGAAUUAGGUAUACCGUUGGGCUUGAUCUGCCCAACAUCAACUAGUGAGAAAGCCAUGCCAACUAAAGCUAUGCCACCUAUCAAACAUUUUCUAGAUCCAGCAAAAGUGGACGAAAUCAUAAAAGAGGCAAAGAAAGCCAGAGAUGAAGGUAGAAAAUAUAAGUUUGACUAUCAAAAGAUAUUACCGGAUUACGAUAAUCCUUUUCAACGUAAAAAGGAAGAAGAUAAAAAUAAAAUUCUGGAAUUUCGAGAUAAAGAUUUUGACAGAGAGAAGAAAAGAAGCGAUAGAUAUAGUCGUCAUUCAGAUUACAGACGCGAAGAAAGAGAUAAAUAUAAAUAUAGAGAGAAGGAAAAAGGUAGAGAGAAAAGUAAAGAAAGAGUUUGCGAUUCAGAUGACGUUAAAAAAGAUGAAAAGGAGGCUAACGUUAAUUUAAAUGAUUAUUUAGUAUGCGAUAGUUGGUCAUUAGAUAAUGAAGAGAAGACAUCAAGUCCAAGAGUUGAAGAAAAAACUGCUAAAAACACAAUAAAACAUCAAACUGACACUAAAUAUGCGAAAGCUAUAAACGAACAAGUAAGAGAUAGCGUAUUGAAGAAACAAGAUAAACUGAAGGAAUUUAUAAGAGAUAGUCCAAUACGACCUAUAAAAAUAGAGAAAUUACAACCAGUUAUAGACUCGUUUAAAUUUGAAAUAGAUCCAAAUGAUGAAAUGUUGGAUAUAUUUGAUGUUGAAUCAGGAAAAGAAAAAUACGCCCAGAAAACUAAAGAUCUCUCUAUAUAUUCUCCAACGGAUUUAAAGUCCGAAGACUACGAACAAGAUACAUCGAAAGAUGCAUCAAUGGAGGAUGGGAAUGAUGAUACAUUCUUGGAAUCUAUUAUAAAUGAGAUAAAACAGGAAGAUAUGAGUGAUGAUAUCAGUCAAGAUAAAGGAUUGGUUGAAUAUGAUUCUCCAAUGAAAGAAGAAACAGAAGUACGAACGUCGGAUCCUAGAUUAUCAGUAACCCCGGAAUUAAAUGAUAAAAUGAAAUAUCAACAGAGUCAAAGAAGUGAUUAUUCAGAUGGAUAUCGUUCGAGUGAAAGUGGAUAUAAAACCAGUGAUACCACCGAGAGUGGAUAUAAAUCUAUGGAUAGUUUCAGUCUAUCAAUAGACAAGGAUUUAGAAGAGUCUAUGGAAGGGAAAAUGUCGAAAUCGACAGUUGAUUCAUUGGAGACAUGGAGUUUUGUGUUAAAGAUUUGCCAACCUAUACUGUUUAGACAUGACAAAAAUAAAUGUUACAGAGAAACUCGGACGGUACCAAAAUUGUGGUAUACCGAGAACCCAAAGUUGUGCAACUGUGUAAAAGAUCGUGGUGUUGUGUACGAAGAGUUGAACAUGUGUAAAAUGAACCUUGUUGAUAGAGUGUACGGUUGUGACCAAAUCCCAGACGCGCCUGCGUCAAAGUCCCGCAACUGGUACCCCCGUCCCCAUCUCUGUCUGACAGAGACACACACUAUACCUGUCUCCAACGAGUGGGAGGGAGACGACAUCAGUCAGACCGAGGUCUGCACACAAGAAGACAGAAGAAGAUCCAACACUCCACUCAGAAGCGAAGAAGUAUUACUCGAUAGAGAGUAUCAGAGGUUCAUGAAAGCUGUAUGGCCGGAAGUGGAGUCUAGGAACGAAACACCUCGCAGCACAACGCCGGUGAAAGAAGAUGUUAGGAAGAAGAAGAAAGAUGUAGAAGUUGAGAAGGAGAUUGAAGCUAAGAAAAAGAAGGAGGAAGGAACUUCGGUCAGGAAGAUGAAACAACUGAGCAGUGAGGGUUGGAGCCAGGAAUCAGAUGUAGAAGAAGAAAUGGAAAAGAGCAAAAAAAUGAAAAUCGAUAAAGAAAAACUCCGUAAACGUAAGAGAUCUUUAUCCAGUCUUUCAUCGGAGAGUGAGCCGGAUGCGAAAAAAAGAAAAAAGAUCUUAAAAAAGAAAGCUCUUAAAAAAACUAAAUCGAAAUCUGCAAAGAAACGUCGUAUUGGAAAGAAGAUAUUAAAGAAAUUAAAAGAAAAGGAGAAGAAAAAGAAGAAACAGAGUAAAAUUGAGAGAAUCGAUGAAUCAGAAGACGAAGAUAGUGAUAGAAAAAAUAUUAAAAAAUCUAAAAAGAAAAAACUACAGAAACAAAAGAAGAAUUUGAAACGAAAGAAGAAGGAAGAAUCAACAAGUAGUUCGUCAUCUUCCAGUUCUGAAAGUAGUACUGAUGAAUCAGAGAAGAAGGCUAAGAAGAAAGCAGAAAGUAAAAAGAAGAAAGAAAGGAAGCGUAAGAGGAAGACAUCCUCAUCAGAUUCUGCUCAAAGCGAAGAGUUAUUUGACGUUAAUAUACUAAAUAAUAUUAAAACGGAACGUCUCACUGAUGAUGAAAAAAGUAAAACAUUAAUGAACUUCUCACCGAGAAGACAACAGAAGCCAAGAGAAAUUAUAAAUGUCAAAGAAUUACAGAAUGAUUUCGUUGGUAAUAAUAUACAUAUUAAGAAGGAAGUGAUAGAAGAUUAUCCUCUAUCACCUAAAGUAACAGAAUCUCAGAAAAAUGUACCAGAAAAAGAAAAGGAACAAAUUAUAUCAAAUGAAGAGACAGAAAAUGUAACUAAAAUUACAGAAGUUAUCGAUGAAGAGGAUAAAGAACAAGAACAAAUUGAAAUAAAGGAGCCAGAAGCUAAGGAAACACCAAUCACAGUGCCUCAAAUAUCACCAAAUUCAAUACCACAAAACAUGCCACCACAAACAAUUUCUAACAUAGAAGUGAUACCAACAAUAUCUCCAAUACCACAAAGGUCACAAAUAAAACCAGUAAUGGACGAAUCGAAUAUGUCUCUCUGUUCAUCCCAAGAGUCGGUAUGCAGCGUGAAGCCGUAUGAAAAAGACGAUAGCCAUUUAAGACCUUCCUCACAGAAUUCAAACUAUAGUUUCAAUGAUGUGAUCAGUGCGAGCCAAAGUGGACUUUAUUUGAAGCAAAUAGAGUCUGUUGUUGAGUGUGAAGAUAACCAUGAAAAUUACCAACAAGAUAAUUAUGAAAUGUAUGAACAUUUGGCCAUGGCUUACCAAAGUGAUGUCGCCAGUCAGCAAGCGUCUCCUCCUGGUGUGGGAGGCGAGCAGCGCAUUGAGACAGUGGUGCGCGUGCGCAGCCGCGGUGAGAUCAAGUGCGACUGGCGGCCCGGCCUCGCACCACCCCGGGAACAACCGCCACCAGACAGACCUUCCAGAUGGGGUUUAAAACCCGGAGAGGUGAAUAUUGUACUUACUGGUGGGAGCGAGAGCGCGCAGACAGAAGUACCAACAUCACAACAAGAAGAAAUUCAACAACAAACACAACAACAACUGGGAACAACUCCGCUGCCAUCUCCUCAACCUGUCUACAAAAUACAGAGCCUUGCUAAUCGCACAGACACGGCUACAGGAAUAACUAACGGAUACGACGAAGCGUACAUGGACAUGUACGGAGCGUCAGACAGGCUGCAGUACGGGGACUGCUUCUCUGAGGCGCAGCAGGACGCCGCACGUCUCAGCACGCUCGAUGCCAGGAUAGACCACGCGCUUAAGACUACUGUACUGGGCGAGGUGGCGAAAGAAGAUUCACCUCCCGACCCUGAGAAAGACGCGCCGGAGAAAGGAAUACUCGUCGUGUCCGGUGAAGCAGGUCGCGGCGGAAAGCGCGUUAGCUUUGCAGAUGGAUACAAGCCCGGACAGGACUCGGAUGUCGAGGAACCACCUGUUAAGAAGCGACGCAAGGUGCGGCGAGUGGGCUGCGCGUGGCCCUGCCCCGCCGCGCACCCCGACCACGUGCCGCUGUGGGAUGCCCUGCCCCCGCCCCCACCCCCGCCCGGCUCCCCGCCGCCCCGCACCGCGCACCCGCCGCCCCUGCAUCUGCUGCGACCUCAUCCCGCACACCCCCCACACCCCGCACUCACACUGCCUCCCGCCCUGCGCAAACUGGAUCCAAACGUGACGUUACCACUGUUCAUACCAUCAGAGCCGCCGCCUGCGCUCAUCAGGUUCCCCUAGCAUCCGCUCACACCCCUACUGCUGCUCAAAUAUAGAUUAUAAUCUGAUGUCUGUACAGUCAGCUGCAAAAACACCGUAGCAGAUCAGAUAUCCAAAUAUAUAGGAACUCUUAAAUUUUUCAAGUGUAGAAGUACAACAAAAGUCGUCAAAUUAAUAGAUACAUUUACUAUGCACAAAUACAUCGGAUCAAGUCUUUCCCAAAGUGGGCGAUAACGCCCCCUUGUGGGCGCUGCAGGUCUCAAGUUGCGGGUUAUAGUAAAAGUUU